GAUGGGGAGCAAACUAAAAGAGAAAAAACCAAAUGUGACUACAAUAAUGGAAUUUGUUCUUUUGGGGUUUUCUGAAAUUCCCAAUCUCCACUGGAUGCUUUUUGGUAUAUUUUUACUGAUAUAUUUGACUAUCCUGAUGUGCAAUGGCAUCAUAAUACUAAUAACAAAAAUUGACCCCACUCUCCAGACUCCCAUGUAUUUUUUUCUUAGCAAUUUUUCCCUUUUGGAAAUCUGUUAUGUAACAAUCAUUAUCCCAAGAAUGCUCAUGGACCUUUGGACUCAGAAAGGAAAUAUUUCUUUGUUUGCUUGUGCUACACAAAUGUGUUUUUUUCUUAUGCUUGGAGGCACAGAGUGUCUCCUUCUGACAGUGAUGGCCUAUGACCGCUAUGUGGCUAUUUGUAAGCCUUUGCAGUAUCCUCUAGUGAUGAACCACAAAGUCUGCAUUCAGCUGAUAAUAGCUUCCUGGAUCAUCACAAUUCCUGUAGUAAUUGGGGAAACAUGCCAAAUUUUCCUUCUGUGCUUUUGCGGAACUAACACAAUUAAUCAUUUCUUUUGUGACAUCCCACCAGUACUCAAGCUUGCUUGUGGAAACAUAUUUGUGAAUGAGAUAACAGUCCAUGUAGUGGCAGUGGUGUUUAUCAUGGUGCCAUUUCUGUUGAUUGUUGUCUCUUAUGGCAAAAUUAUCUCCAACAUUUUGAAAUUGUCAUCAGCCAGAGGAAGGGCUAAAGCCUUCUCCACCUGCUCAUCUCACCUAAUAGUUGUAAUCUUAUUCUUUGGAGCAGGUACUAUCACUUAUUUACAGCCCAAACCACAUCAGUUUCAAAGGAUGGGGAAACUGAUUUCUCUUUUCUACACCAUUCUGAUUCCAACUUUGAAUCCCAUUAUAUAUACUCUGAGGAACAAAGAUAUCAUGGUGGCAUUGAGAAAAUUACUAGCUAAGUUAUUAACAUGAGACAAAGACUUGAAAUUACAGAAAUAAUUCCUCUACAGAUUUGUCAUGUGGCU